AUGUUCGGCCGCUCGCGGAGCUGGGUGGGCGGGGGCCAUGGCAAGGCUUCGCGCAACAUUCACUCCCUGGACCACCUCAAGUAUCUGUACCACGUGUUGACCAAAAACACCACCGUCACAGAACAGAACAGGAACCUGCUGGUGGAGACCAUCCGAUCCAUCACCGAGAUCCUGAUCUGGGGGGAUCAGAAUGACAGCUCUGUAUUUGACUUCUUCCUGGAGAAGAACAUGUUCGUUUUCUUCUUGAACAUCCUGCGGCAGAAGUCAGGCCGCUACGUGUGCGUUCAGCUGCUGCAGACCCUGAACAUCCUCUUUGAGAACAUCAGUCACGAGACCUCACUUUAUUAUUUGCUCUCUAAUAACUAUGUAAAUUCUAUCAUUGUCCACAAAUUCGACUUUUCUGAUGAGGAGAUUAUGGCAUAUUACAUAUCAUUCCUGAAAACACUUUCGUUAAAACUCAACAACCACACAGUCCAUUUCUUUUACAAUGAGCACACUAAUGACUUCGCCCUGUACACAGAAGCCAUCAAAUUUUUCAACCACCCUGAAAGCAUGGUCAGAAUUGCUGUAAGAACCAUAACGUUAAACGUCUACAAAGUGGAUAACCAGGCCAUGCUGCACUAUAUCAGAGACAAAACCGCUGUCCCUUACUUCUCCAAUUUGGUCUGGUUCAUUGGGAGCCACGUGAUCGAGCUUGAUAACUGUGUACAAACAGAUGAAGAGCACCGGAAUCGGGGGAAGCUCAGUGACCUGGUGGCUGAGCACCUGGACCACUUGCACUAUCUCAACGACAUCCUCAUCAUCAACUGCGAGUUCCUCAACGACGUGCUCACGGACCACCUGCUCAACAGGCUCUUCCUGCCGCUCUACGUGUACUCACUGGAGAACCAGGACAAGGGAGGAGAACGACCGAAGAUCAGCCUGCCGGUUUCUCUCUACCUUCUCUCCCAGGUCUUCCUAAUUAUACAUCACGCACCCCUAGUGAACUCGUUAGCGGAAGUCAUUCUGAACGGUGAUCUGUCCGAGACAUACGCUAAGCCCGAACAGGAUGUUCAGAGAAGCUGUGCCAAGCCAAGCAUUCGGUGUUUCAUUAAACCCACCGAGACACUAGAGCGGUCCCUUGAGAUGAACAAGCACAAGGGCAAGAGGCGGGUGCAAAAGAGACCCAACUACAAAAACGUUGGGGAGGAGGAAGACGAGGAGAAAGGGCCUGCCGAGGAUGCUCAGGAAGACGCCGAGAAGGCUAAAGGUACAGAGGGUGGUUCAAAAGGCAUCAAGACGAGUGGGGAGAAUGAAGAGAUAGAGAUGGUGAUCAUGGAGCGCAGCAAACUUCCAGAGCUGGCUGCCAGCACCUCCGUGCAGGAGCAGAACACCACGGAUGAGGAGAAGAGUGCUGCCACCGGCCUGGACAGUGUCCAGUGGAGCAGACCCUUCCUGGAUAUGGUGUACCAUGCCCUGGACAGCCCAGAUGACGACUACCAUGCACUCUUCGUGCUCUGCCUGCUGUACGCAAUGUCUCACAACAAAGGCAUGGAUCCUGAGAAACUCGAGCGAAUCCAGCUUCCAGUGCCCACUGCAGCCGAGAAGACCACCUACAACCACCUCCUGGCUGAGAGGCUCAUCAGAAUCAUGAACAACGCAGCCCAGCCAGACGGCAAGAUCCGCUUGGCGACGCUGGAGCUGAGCUGUCUGCUCCUCAAGCAGCAAGUCGUGGCCAGCACGGGCUGCAUCAUAAAGGACGUGCACCUGGCCUGCCUGGAGGGAGCCCGAGAAGAGAGCGUCCACCUGGUGCGGCACUUCUAUAAGGGAGAAGAAAUCUUUUUGGACAUGUUUGAAGAUGAGUACAGGAGCAUGACGAUGAAGCCCAUGAACGUGGAAUAUCUCAUGAUGGACGCCUCCAUCCUGCUGCCCCCAACAGGCACGCCGCUGACCGGCAUUGACUUUGUGAAGCGACUGCCGUGUGGUGACGUGGAAAAGACCCGGCGGGCCAUCCGGGUGUUCUUCAUGCUCCGUUCCCUGUCCCUGCAACUGCGAGGGGAGCCCGAGACCCAGCUGCCCCUGACGCGGGAGGAAGACCUGAUCAAAACGGAUGACGUCCUCGACCUGAACAACAGCGACCUGAUCGCGUGCACGGUGGUCACCAAAGACGGCGGCAUGCUCCAGCGGUUCCUGGCUGUCGAUAUUUAUCAGAUGAGUUUGGUGGAGCCCGACGUGUCCAGGCUGGGCUGGGGAGUGGUCAAGUUCGCAGGCCUUCUGCAGGACAUGCAGGUGACUGGCGUGGAGGAUGACAGCCGCGCCCUGAAUAUCACCAUCCACAAGCCUGCGUCCAGCCCCCACUCCAAGCCCUUCCCCAUCCUGCAAGCCACCUUCAUCUUCUCGGACCACAUCCGCUGCAUCAUCGCCAAGCAGCGCCUGGCCAAGGGCCGCAUCCAGGCGAGACGCAUGAAGAUGCAGAGGAUAGCGGCCCUCCUGGACCUUCCGAUCCAGCCGACGACCGAGGUCUUGGGGUUUGGACUCGGCUCAUCUUCCGCACAACACCUGCCCUUCCGCUUCUACGACCAGUGCCGCCGGGGCAGCAGCGACCCCACUGUGCAGCGCUCUGUGUUCGCCUCUGUGGACAGGGUGCCAGGCUUCGCCGUGGCCCAGUGCAUAAACCAGCACAGCUCGUCCUCCCUGUCCUCGCCCUCGCCCUCGGCCAGCGGGAGCCCCGGCGGCAGCGGGAGCACCAGCCACUGCGACUCCGGAGGCGCCAGCUCGUCAUCCACCCCCUCAGCAGCCCAGAGCCCCACAGAUGACCCCAUGAUCACGGAGCAGCCUCAGCCUAACCUCCCCGACCAGUUGGUGAUCGUCGACGAAACAGAAGCCGAGGCCAGGCCUGGCAAGAGCCUGGCAAGGAGUGCGGACAUGGAGACCGUCACCCUGUCGCCCAGCCUCAUCCCCGCCCAGCAGCCCACCAUCUCCCUGCUCUGCGAGGACACUGCGGACACGCUGAGCGUGGAGUCGCUGACCCUCGUCCCGCCUGUCGACCGCCACAGCCUCCACGCCCUCACCGGCAUCCCGCCGCCGCCCCCAGCCGUGGUGGGCACAGAGGCCCCUGGCUCGGGGGCCGGGCAGCCGGAGCCAGCAGACCCCUCUGAGCCCUGA